UGUAUAUCGAUAGCAGGUUGAGAUUGUUUGAGGAAGUAUAUAUACACCCAAAGUUUGAUAAAUUAAAACUCAAUAUUUUCACAUAGUAAAUUUAUAUCUGCAAUGUCUUUACGGCGCUCAAAAUCUCCCCAUUCCAUUGGUAAUGUGAGAAGUGGAGAAAGGGAAGAAAGUUUUUGGGAUAAAUUUAGUACAUUAGGUCGAAAGAAAGGAACAAAGGAAGUUCAAAAAGUGGAAGAGGAAGGAAAACAUGCAAUCGAAUCGCCAGGAUUGCCCAAUCAGUUUGACAUACCUCCAGAAGACUAUACAUUGCAAGAGUUGGAGCAACGAGCGGUAAUAGACCCGCAAUCUUUAAAUGAUCCUCAAGUUAUUAAACUCCAACGAAUUCUAAUCGACUGGUUGAAUGACGAAUUAGCUGAGCAACGAAUUAUAGUACAAAGCAUUGAAGAAGAUUUGUACGACGGACAGGUUUUACAUAAAUUAUGGGAGAAACUGACAGGCAAAAAACUUGAUGUACUCGAAGUAACACAGUCUGAAGAAGGGCAACGACAAAAGCUUGAUGUUGUUCUCAAUGCAGUUAAUCAUACCUUAGGAUUUCAUCAGAAGAUACCAAAAUGGUCGGUUGAAAGUGUACAUUCAAAGAAUUUAAUUGCUAUUCUACACUUACUAGUUGCGUUAGCUCGAUAUUUCAGGGCCCCAAUUCGUUUACCGGAAAAUGUUUUCGUUAAUGUUGUAAUCGCUCAGAAAAGUGGUGGCCUUUUGAACGCUCAAAAAUUCCAAGAGCAAAUAACUUCUGAAUAUGAUGACGUGGGAAUGCGUUGUGACAAAGAUGCUUUCGAUACGCUAUUUGAUUGCGCUCCAGAUAAAUUAUCUGUCGUUAAAAAGUCACUUAUAACUUUUGUAAACAAACAUUUAACAAAGUUGAACUUUGAAAUUACCGACCUUAACUCAGAUUUUCGAGAUGGUGUAUACUUGUGCUUAUUAAUGGGGCUGCUUGGUGGUUUUUUUGUCCCAUUAUACGAAUUUCAUCUUACGCCCCAGGAUGUGGAUCAAAUGGUGUCAAAUGUAGCAUUUUCGUUUGAUUUGAUGCAAGAUGCAGGCUUACCGAAACCGAAAGCUCGUCCCGAAGAUAUAGUCAACAUGGAUCUGAAGUCUACCUUACGUGUUUUGUAUAACUUAUUUACGACCUACAGAAGCGCGGCCUAGCCGUAGAUUAAUUGUGUAAAUGAAGUCAUGCUAUGCCAUCAAAUAAGUAACCAAAUUAAGUUUUUCACUUCCCGAAUCAGUUUUAUUAAUGCAGUUAUCCGAAUGAUAAACGCUCUCAUAGUUAACUUCAUACAGUCAACAUGAAUCUGACGUCUAAAAUCUGAAGUUUGUGUAACUUAUUUACGACCUACAGAAGCUCGUCCUUACCAUGGAUUAAUUGUGUAAAUGAAGUCAUGCUAUGCCAUCAAAACCUAACUUCUAAAAAUAUAUAUAUUGAAAUGUUAUAUUAAAAAACUAACAUUAAGAAAACCUUAA